GUGCGCUGAAUAUCAUUCUGAUAUCCCGAAGAGGAAAAAAUGAAAACGAAGCAUAGGUUAGGAACCGGACUUCUGUGCAGCAAAAGGUUCACAUUCAGCACAGGAACUCACCUACAACGACCUAACUUCCAGGUAUUACUGCGCCCCCCUUCAACUCUCCCAACACCCAGCGACCGCAGCCAUCCUGAACCUACCAGCCCCAUCACCACAAGUCACAAGUCACAGACCUCGCUUCCCCAUCCAUGCACCCCGUUCUAUUCCUAUCUCAUCCCCUCCCGACCCAAUACACCACCACCACCACCAACACCACCCCUCAAACCAAACCAAGUCAAACCAAUCACGCCACCUCCAGCCCGCGCUCGUGCAAAGCCGUAACUCCCGAGCGCCUGACACCGCCUUACAGGCCGACACCCGAUCGUGAUCGGCACCUUCCCACCCCCUGCCCUCCCCUCCCGCAACUGCGCACUGUUUUCUAGACGCAUCUCUACCCUUGCCUUUCCCCAUGGGCACGAGAGGAGAGGGGAUGCGGCCCUGCCUCUCAACAGUUACAGCUGCACUUACAGCUGCGCUCCCCGCUUCGCUUGGAGCUUCGCGUUUCAGCCACGGGGGCACCGCAUGAGGUGCGGAUGCUUGUGGACGGAGUG